AUUCAUCAACAUGACAAAGAAUGUAGAAGUUUUUAAAAUCCUUCUCGCUUAUAGAUAUCUUUCGCAAGUUUUAAAUUCAAUUCAUGCUGCUAUAAAGGUUCUCAAAUCUACUACAAGUAGUUUUUAUUGAGAAAAUUCAAGUUCUCCUUGUGUAUUCGGUGAAAAGAAUGCUUGGAUCAAGUACGAAUUCACUUGGUAAAUAAUUCGAAAUUCAAGAAUCUAUGUACAGAGAAGAAGCUUCAUCAUCAACUGCGACUUCCAUACUCCUAAGGGUUUAUUCACGAACUAGUUUGGCACAUUAAUGGGGAGACGUCUACUGACAAUGAGCUGUACGAGAACUGUGUUGGUCAUACUGUUGAUGAAUGAUGAUCAAGGUCAGAAAAGCUGCGAGGAUAGCGAUUGGGUGAAAAUUAACCAGCAUACUGUCUGUUUCAAAGGCAAAGGCAACCACUACGGUUCGUUUUACAACUAUGUCCGAGAAGGAUUGAUCACGGCCAUUAAACUGGAGUACGUGUCGGGAACGAUUCGCUGUCUGAAGGAAGUUCAGUACGAUAGUCGGUGGGGAUGCAAUGGUUAUUCUCUCGUUAAAGACUAUCCGUUCAAUGUCAUUGUGACUGACGAUAACGACAAUGUUUUGUUUCCCAAGAAAAAAUAUGUCAAGUAUCCUGCUGCUUUAUAUUAUUGGAUGCCGUUCAUUAACCCCGUAGAUGCCGAUGAACUGGUCUUUAUGGAUUACCGCACACCAUUUUACUUCCCCUUGGAGAAAGAGUUAAGGAUCUGGUACGGAGAAGAUCUGAAGAACUGGAGCGAAGUCGACAACGUUGGUCGUGUUUGCGUCAAUGUGUACGCUCAAUUCAAGCUAUAGAUUGUUUGUCAAUGUCAAUUUGGGAAAACAAUAAAACUAGUUACUAAACUGACCAAAA